ACGGUCACCUGAUUAACGACAACAAGAGUCUGUACCUGCAACUUCUACGGCGCGGUCCGAAAGAAAAACUUGCACGUCAUGGUGAUUAUAAAAACUCUUUUGACUAUAGUGGGCUUAAUCAUCUGCCUGUCUUUCACAGAGUCAUCACUUCAUGAGGAGCGUAGAUGCCACAAGUCUAUAAUAAAUGACGACGAACCAGAUCAGGAUUGGGGAUACGUGAAUGUUCGCCCUGAUGCCCACAUGUUUUGGUGGCUCUACUUUUCCACUAUCAAGCCAGUCUACUCAUCAGCACCAUUAGUACUUUGGCUACAGGGAGGGCCAGGAGGCUCCUCUACAGGAUUUGGCAAUUUUGAAGAGAUUGGGCCAUUGGAUGUGAAUCUAAAUCCAAGGAAUUCCACCUGGGUGCAAGCCGCCAACGUUUUAUUCAUUGAUAAUCCAGUAGGAAGCGGGUAUAGUUAUGUGACAAAUGACAAUGCUUACACGACAAAUGUGGACGAAAUUGCUAUAGAUCUUGUUACCAUUCUCAAAGCAUUUUUUACAAAACAUUCAGAGUUUAAGACAAUUCCAUUUUAUAUUUUCUGCGAAUCAUAUGGAGGCAAAAUGACAGCUGCUCUCAGUCAGGCCCUUCAGAAAGAGAUUGAUGGUGGAAGACUUUCUAUUGAUUUUCGAGGACUAGCUUUAGGGGAUUCGUGGAUAUCACCAAUAGAUUAUGUAAAUACUUGGGGUCCGUACCUUUACCAAACAUCACUGCUGGACAAGCGAGGGCUUGCAUUGGUACAGCAGGCGGCUAAUGAAACUGAAAUGGCCUACAAUGCUGGUAACUACACCAAAGCGACUCAACUGUGGAGCAUGACAGAAAAUGUGAUUGCUGAGAACACAGAUAAUGUAGAUUUUUACAACAUCCUACUGCAUAACACUGAUGGAAGUAAUAAGAUGUCAAUCAAGAAGACAUACUUUAUGGCUCCAGAAUUGAGUAGGUUGUAUCUGAAGCAUGUCGCUCCAUAUGAAGCUGAUCCACUCACUGAACUCAUGAAUGGACCAAUCAAAAAGAAGCUAGGUAUCCCUGACAAUGUCACAUGGGGUGCUCAGUCAGGUACAGUGUUUAUAAAGCAGUAUGGUGAUUUCAUGAAACCUGUCAUAGAUAUAGUUGAUGACCUUCUUAAGAACACAACUCUGAAGGUUGUAGUGUACAAUGGACAGCUUGACCUUAUUUGUGAUACCCCAGGUACUGAACUUUGGUUGGAGAAACUGACUUGGCCUGGCUUGUCCAGUUUUGAUGCUUUGAAGUGGAAACCAUUGUACACAGUAGGCAGUCAAACAAAGGCAUUUGUCAAAACAUACAAGAACUUCAGUUUUUACUGGAUUAUGAAUGCUGGGCAUAUGGUUCCCGCCGAUGCUCCUGAUAUGGCUUUGAAGAUGAUGAAGAUGGUUGUGAAUCAAGCGGAUGAGUAGGCCUAUAGCUGGACUAUGGUGCUACACAUUUUUAUCUUGCAAUUUUAAUAAACAUACUGUGACAAGUUCAGUUAGUGAAUGCAAUGUGGGAAUCAGGAUAUUUUAUUAGAUGUUUUGACUGCUUUCGCAGUCUUUUAACAUGCACAUCUACAGUUUGCUCUCCAAUUCGAGACCACUUUUAGAACCUGAUAAUAAUUUGUGGUGGCCUCUAGGUUCUUUCUUCAAUUAAAGGAUUAGCUUUGUGUAAAAGACAGAAGAUUGUUAUUUGGUUCACAAAGUGGUCUCGUAUGAGGGUGCACUGUAUAAUUGUAAUGUCAUUAGAGUAAGUCAUUUUAUUAGCAAUUCUACCUCCACAAGUUAUACAUUCAGGCCUGUUUGUUAGCAUGAUUAGGCAAAAACUAAUGAAUGUAUCAUCAUUAAAUUUAAUGGAGCGAUAGAUUGGAUUAGACAGCGACAUUAGAAAAGUAAAGCGAAUAAAUAACAAUACAGUGCUACUGCAUAGCUGAAAGGCAAUAAACAUGUUUUAAAUGUUUUUUAAUGAAUUGUUAUUUUAUAAUU